GCUCAUUUCAUUCGAGACAAAACCCUAGAAGAGUCUCAAAAGCGGUGGUUUCUCUUCUACAUCUUCCUCCGUCUCUUCCAAAACUAAGCUUUCAUCAAUGGCAGCCGCGGCGGUGAGACCUCUGGUUACAGUCCAAUCCCUAGAAGGAGACAUGGCUACUGAUGGUGGAAACACCGUUGCCUUCCCAGCUGUGAUGACAGCUUCAAUCAGACCUGAUAUCAUCAGAUCUGUUCACGCCCUCAUCUCGAAGAACGCCAGACAACCUUACGCUGUUAGCAGAAAAGCCGGUCAUCAAACAUCUGCAGUAUCAUGGGGUACCGGUCGUGCCGUUUCUCGUAUCCCUAGGGUUUCCGGCGGUGGUACUCACCGUGCCGGUCAAGGAGCUUUCGGAAACAUGUGUAGAGGUGGAAGGAUGUUCGCACCAACACGAAUCUGGAGAAGGUGGCAUCGUAAGGUUAAUGUGAAUGAGAAAAGGUAUGCUGUUGUUUCGGCUUUGGCUGCAUCUGCUGUUCCUUCGAUUGUUUUAGCUCGUGGUCAUACUAUUGAAGGUGUUCCUGAACUUCCUUUAGUUGUUAAUGAUUCGAUCGAAGGUGUUGAGAAAACUAAUGCUGCUAUUAAGGUUCUGAAACAACUUGGUGCUUAUGCUGAUGUUGAAAAGGUGAAGGAUAGUGAGAAAAUCAGGCCAGGGAAAGGUAAAAUGAGGAACAGGCGUUAUGUGUCGAAGAAAGGUCCUUUGAUUGUUUACGGUACCGAGGGAUCUAAGAUUGCGAAAGCUUUCAGAAACAUUCCUGGUAUUGAGAUUGCUAAUGUUGAGAGGCUUAAUUUGUUGAAACUUGCUCCUGGAGGUCAUCCUGGUAGGUUUAUUAUCUGGACCAAGUCGGCGUUUGAGAAGUUGGAUUCGAUCUAUGGUUCGUAUGAGAAAGCUAGUGACAAGAAGAAAGGAUAUGUGUUGCCUCGAUCUAAAAUGGUUAAUGCUGAUCUUGCUAGGAUUAUUAAUUCUGAUGAGAUUCAAUCUGUUGUUAGACCUAUUAAGAAAGAUGCUAAGAGAGCACCAAUGAAGAAGAAUCCUUUGAAGAAUUUGAAUACUAUGUUUAGAUUGAACCCGUAUGCUAAGACUGCUAGGAGGAUGGCUCUUCUGGCCGAAGCUCAACGUGUUAAGGCUAAGAAGGAGAAGCUCGAGAAGAAACGAACCAACAUUUCAAAGGAGGAGUCAGCUGCAAUCAGGGCUGCAGGAAAGGCAUGGUACCAAACUAUGAUCUCAGACAGCGAUUACACAGAGUUCGAUGUCUUCCAGAAGUGGCUCGGUGUCUCUCAGUGAUUCUCUUGCAGUUUUGUAGUUUCUGUGGGUGGAUUUUCUUGAAUACUUGCAUCUCCUUUUGAACUAGAAAUUUAGUUGCUUUGUUCGGUUAGUCAGUUUUAAGGGUAAGACCGAUGAAAGACAUGAAUUUAAGUCGCAGUUUUUGGAUCUACAAUACAUAUGGCAGCUUUUGUGUUGUUAAAUUUUGCUUGCAAGUACGUGUUACUGCUUAUAUUCCUUUUCCCAGUUCAGUGAAAUAUUCUAGUUUGAUAUUUUCAUAUUUUAGACUUCAUUUGUGCUGCAUUUGAUUUUGAAUGUCAGUUUAUUA